AUGGCACCACACGAGACCACGACUGCUGCUCUAGGCUUGGGUCAGCUGGGCAUUGAGAACGACUGCACAGUGUUUCACAAUCUCUCGUACGGCCAGCUCGCGGACCACGAAAAGCGCUACCGAGAGGGCUCGUUCGUCGCCAAUGGCACGUUUGCAGUGGACACGGGCAAGUUCACGGGUCGCUCGCCCAAGGACAAGUUCAUUGUGAAGCAGGCGCCGUCGCAGGACAAGGUCUGGUGGGGCGCAAUCAACCAGCCGACGACGGCCGCCGUGUUUGACACGCUCUACGACAAAGCUGCCAAGCAUUUCAGCUCGGUGGACCGCAUGUACGUGUUUGACGGCCACUGCGGCGUGAAUGAGAAGUCACGUCUUAACGUGCGCAUCGUGACGGAGCUGGCGUGGCAGCACCACUUUGUGACGAACAUGUUCAUCCGACCCGAGGUUGCGAGCGUGGCGAAUAGCUUUGCAGCCGACUUUACCGUCAUUAACGCGUGCAACAUUGUGGACGAGGACUGGGAGGCGCACGGGCUGAACUCGGAGGUCUUUGUGCUCUUCAACAUUGAGAAGCACAUGGCCAUUAUCGGCGGCACCUUCUACGGCGGCGAGAUGAAGAAGGGCAUCUUUAGCAUGAUGAACUACUACCUGCCACUGAACGGCGUCAUGGCCAUGCAUGCGUCGGCAAACAUGGGCAAAGCAGGCGACACGACCCUUUUCUUUGGCUUGUCUGGCACAGGCAAGACGACGCUGUCGGCCGAUCCGAAGCGCGAGCUGAUUGGCGAUGACGAACACGGCUGGGACGACGAGGGCGUGUUCAACUUUGAGGGCGGGUGUUACGCCAAGACGAUCAACCUGAGCCAGGAGACCGAGCCGGACAUCUUUAAUGCCAUCCGACCGAACGCGAUGCUGGAGAAUGUCUGGAUUGACGCGAACAAGAAUGAACCCGACUACUUUAACGCGACCAAGACGGAGAACGGCCGCGUGUCGUACCCGAUCUACCACAUUCCACACCACGAGCCCAACUCUCGAGGCAACCACCCGAACGCCGUCAUCUUCCUCACGUGUGACGCGUACGGCGUUUUACCGCCCGUAUCCAAGUUGUCGGCCGGCCAGGCCCAGUAUCACUUUCUAUCAGGCUACACGGCCAAGGUGGCGGGCACGGAGCGCGGGAUCACGGAGCCCCAGGCCACGUUUUCGACGUGCUUUGGCGCGGCGUUCAUGACACUGCACCCGACCAAGUACGCCGAUCUGUUGAAGGAGAAGCUGCAACAGCAUCAGACGCCCGUGUAUUUGAUCAAUACUGGCUGGACGGGUGGCGUGUAUGGCGUGGGGAAGCGCAUGAAGCUGCCGCUGACACGCAAGUGCGUCGAUGCCGUGCUGGAUGGCAGUAUCAAUGACGCGUCGUUUGUCAAGGACGCGCUCUUUGGUUUUGAGAUCCCGACAAGAGUCGAGGGCGUGCCGUGCGAGAUGUUGAACCCGAAAGAGUCGUGGAUGGACAAGAAGGCGUUUGACAAGACGGCGCUUACGUUGGCCAAGGCUUUUCAGGACAACUUUGAGCAGUUUAUUCUGCCGGAAAACGACUUGUCGGUGUACGGUCCGAGCGUGUGA